GAUUUUCAAAAACUACAAAAAUAAAAGACACCAAAAAGAAAAAUAAGAGACAAUUUUUCUUAAGUUAAAAACAUACACCCAGCGCCAGCAAUUAGCUUAAGAAAAUAGAAAAACUAAUAAAAUGGACGAGGGCCAAAUUGAUUUAGUUCUUUGAUAACAAUAGACUGCAUUAGUUCGAAUUCGCCAAAAGUUCUGCCCAUAAUAAAUAUUGUUUUACCGAGCAAGUCUCAGCAGUGAGAAGAAGAAGUGAAGUGAACGACCAUAUAAUUACAUAAUAUCAUAUAAUUUAUAAGUUUACAAGUAAAUUUUAAAUAUGGAAGCAACAACUAAUGUUAACCGAAAAAAGAAUAAUAAUAAAAAUAAAAAGAAAAAUAAAGCAAAAUCUAAUAAUUCAAAUAAUGUUCAAAAUAAAACCGCAGUUAUCGGCAAUGGAAAUCAAAUUGAACAGAAAUUAAUUGUUCCAACUCCAAAUCAAGUGAAAAGUGUUUUAAGAGACAAUAAAUUAAACUCACCAAUCAUUGGAAAUAAUUCAAAAACUACCGGCGAUUCUAAGAAUGAAAGUGUUAAGACGCCUGCAGUCAAAAUCAAUGAUCCGUUUUUGAGUUCAUUGCAGAAGAAAGUCGAAGUUGCAAUAGCUAACGGUGGUGCAGAUCUACCAAAUACACUUUUGGAAAACCUCCAAAAGUUAAUAAACCAAGAACCAGUCAGUGACGUGGAGUCAUCUGACGAAGAAGAAGAAUAUGUGGAGUAUAUUUAUAAGCCUAGACAAUAUUUUGCUGUCUCUAUUUGUAAUUUUUGCAAGUCUGACCUUCGCAAUACAAAAUUGACCCAAUGCAGCAAAUGCAAAAUGGUAUUCUAUUGCUCAUCGGAGCACAUGAAAUCGGAUGAAAAUCAUAGACAACUUUGUUAUGCCCUGAGACAAGUUGCUGACAGCUAUGGAGGACAUAUUUUCUACAAGUGUGGCGAAUUUACACCAGAACAAUUUCGUUCCUAUCGAAUAAUUGCAAUUCGAAAAGCUGAAAAUCUAAUAAAUCGUCAACUGACUGCCUACGAGCAAGAAGUCUUACUUUUUCCAAGAAUUUGUUGUAACAUAAAUUGUCGAGAGUAUCGGUAUAAUAAACUUAUAGAUUGUCCUGGUUGUGGUCAGGUUUCAUUUUGUAAAACCAAUCCUGAGCAUUUACAAAAAUUUCAUCACUUAUGGUGUAGAUCUUAUCAGCUAUUUAAGGAUAUGAUUAUAAGACAGGAGAAAUUUGGUAAAAUUGAACCAACAAUGCCGACAAAGGUCUUGAGAGAUUUACCUCUGGGAUGUGGAAAUAUGAAGCAGAUUUGUACAAAAUUGGCAGUUGAUAUAAAAGAUGAAUGUGAGUAUGCAGCGUUAAGUCAAAUUGCAACAGGACCUCUAACAGCUUGGUAUGCAUUGAGAGUUUUUGAUAAACUUCGUAUGGAGAAAAUCACAGUUCAUUUGAUAGGUGCUGAAAUUGAGUUUGAAGUAGAUCUGCUGCAUAAAUGGGAACUGUUUUUCUUGCAUAUAACACCCGCCGUUAAGGAAAUGAAUGUGGUUUUCAUUGGUCCUGAAUUAAAUCCCAGAAAUAUUUCAUUUGAACAACUGAAGAAAACAAAACCCUGUAAAUCGUGCCGUAAAAAUAACCGAACUGUGAAAUAUCAUUUCGAAAAUAGCCUUUAUCAUGACUACUGCAAAAAGGAGUCCUACUUAAAGCCAGAUUUGAUUUGUUUCUUUAAUCCGGGACUAUAUCGACCGACGGGCUUUAAAAUGGAAGACACCUGGCCAGAGACAAUUGAAGCAGUUGUUGAGAAAAAAUGUCCCGUAGUAAUAACUUCAUAUACACAACAUGAAGCCCCAUUGGAUUUGUCACGUUUUAUUGAAGAAUCCACAAGGCGUUUGGAUAUUGUCAUACCACCAACUGUAAAUCCAUUUGGUUCGGUUAAACCAGAACGAAAUUUUAUAUCUGACGAAGAGGCCCCACUGAUGUAUAAGAAUUAUUUUUGCUUUGUCUUAGAAUAAAAACAAAAGACUGAAAAUGAA